AGUACAUCAAACCUUUGGCUGAAAUGGGUAUGAUGGAAGAACUCAAAUUUCCCCCAAAGAGGUAUAGCGAUAUAAUUGACGAGAGAGAAUGGUUACAAUUUGUAACUAGUCGUCUAAGUCCAGAGUUUCAAAUAGUGCAUCAAGAACAAAAAAACCGUGCAUUACUAAUGAAGUCAAGGCAUCGAACCUCUCGUAGAGGAAUGGCUAAUAUAAGAGAAGAUUUGAAAAAAGAACGAAAUAUUCAAAAUCCAGAGAGGUAUCAAGUUUGGCUUAGAUCGCGUGAAAAAAAUAAAGUUCUUGUGACAGAGCUAGACCGACAAAUUGCCGAAAAGAUAGAGGACGUCAAAGAAAAAGUGAUUCGUGGCGAAAUUACAGCUCAGGGUCGAGAUGACAUCUUGACUCAAGCAUUAGGGACACCAGAACACCCAGGUCGUGUUCGAGCUGGCGGGUUCACUGCGACCGUUUCCAAAAUGUUUGGAAAAAAACAUAAAACAAUGACUGCAAGAGAGGAGAUUGCUCGACUAAAAGCUGAGAUUGAAGAGCUAAAAAGACAUAAAUUUAGCACAGAAGAGGAAUUAGCUCAAAAUGAAAAAUAUAAUGAGGAAAACGAUGAGUGUGGAUACAACGAUGAAGGGCAAUUUGAUGAGGGACAAUAUUAUGAGAAUACAAGUGAUGAAGUCUAUCGACCUGCCCCCAACGCAGAUGAUCAUUUUCAUCAAACCGAAGACUAUCCUUUUGAUGAAGAUGAUGGAUCAUCAAUUUAUGAGUCUCCGCCACCACCGACCUAUGAAGUUUAUUUGUGUUCUGAUAAUAUUGACAAUGUGGUGGCUAAAGGUGUACUCAUUGUACCAAACAUGGGUAGCCAAAUUACCGUCCAUGGAAAUGUACUUGAUGAUUCAGUUGCGAGGGUUUGGCUUAUAGAUGUCUUACAAGAAGAAGCUGAGAUCCCUAUUCCCUUUGGUAACGUACGAUAUGUUGGGGACGCACGAGACACAUUCUUGCCUUGGCCUAAAAAUUUAAUUGUGGCUUGUCAGGGUCCAUCUUCAUCUAAUCACAAAUCCCUAUCUCGAAGCCCACAUUUAUCAUCAGUUGGAUCUCACGUAGUCAUCCCCGCUGAAAUAACUCAACCAGAACCUUCAAAUUGGUUAACAGAUAACCAAUGGGACAAAAUUGAUAUGAGUCUAAAAUUCAUAGUGAAGGAGUAUUAUUCCAAUAAAGGAAUAGAUGGGGUUGUACAAGUUCCCGUUGACCCGGAGUUUAUAGGAGAACGCGAGGCUAUCUUCAUCACUUCGGAAGACGUUUAUCAAGCAGCCUCCAUGGAUAAUAUUGGAUCCUCAGCUAUGCUGUUUGGUAUGAGAUGCAUUUGGGAAAGCAUGCACCCAAAUUCACGACAAUUAUAUAAAUUUUUUGACACCGAACAUCUUUCUAUUGGCAAUGAUGAAAGUAAAAACUAUACGGUGGAUCUUAUAGCCAAAUGGAUGAUGACUAUGGAUAGACGAGGCCAAAUAUAUUUCAUUCCCUGGAUUGUUGAGUAA